AUGUCUCCUCGACCGCCAAAACUUCUUGUCUCAGCUGCUACAUCAUCCUCCCGACGCGACUACCAGAUCCUUACACCCCGCACCCCACAUUCGCGCGCUGGCCGUGCCGAAGAAGGUUACACCGAAGUAGAGCUUGAACAAGGAGGCCAAGAUGACAAUGACGUUCACUACUCCGGAACGCAGCACCAGUCGGAACCCUUACUUGCAUCGUCCUCCAGCGAUACAUUUCCGCCCUCUGGAAUUCGCGCACGCGGAGAUGACCAGGAAUUCAGAACAGGUCAUGUCAGUGCACUCGAACGAGUCGUCAGGUCUGCUAUGAAGCAUGCCGGUCUGGCUCUCGGGAGUUUACUGGCUUUGAUCUUGUUUUUCAUGAUCAUUGUUGCAUACAGAGAACCGGAGGUAAUGAUGGAGGCUAUCGGCGCGAACAAAACUGCACUUGGAAGUGUCGACGAGCUGCAAACAGGGACCUCGGAACCAGCUGCUACUCCAUCACCAACACAAUCACCAGCAGCCACAACUGAAACUUCCCUCGAUAAACACAUCAUCUCCUACGCGCAAUACGACCACUUCCCUCUAUACCCCCACCAAUACCGUGACGAAUGUGACAAGCUUAUGUCGGGGCUCAUCCCUCCCGCUCCUUAUUGGUCUGGCGACAAGGACGUGGUACACCACGAUACUGUUGACCCUGGGAAGUAUCCUACUCCCGAAGGAGCGUGGACGAGUAUAUGUACAUCCACUAUCACGUAUCAACUUGACGGAUAUGUUGGCCUGCUGGCCGAUCUGGCGUUGAUGGCUCAAGCGGCUGCUCUGGCGCGAGAGCAAAAUAGAACGUUUCUUGUGGAUGAUACCUAUUGGAAUCGUGGAAAAUGGAAUGCGCAUUUCCAAGACGUGCGCGCUCGACAACCAGGACCUGAGCCAGGGUGUCGUGCACCUCCGCCAGAAGAACUAGUCGCGUGUCCGCGAAACGCCAGGCAUUGGGUUAUCAACUCCCGAACCGCUAAGUUCCACUUCGGACACCGUUUUUCUGAAGAAUAUGAGAAUCCCCGAGCUCACCAACUCAACCGUCUCAUACCGAUUUUUGAGCGUGCACGAGAGUCUCUGACCCACACCAUCCGCCCCAAUGCGGCCACCGCAUCCCUCAUCCGAUCCCUUCGAAGCGAGAUGGCAUCUAUGUUUCCCUCACCGCCUCCUUCGCAUUCGGCUGUCAUGACUUCCGACGACAGCAUUCCGUUGGAAUCCGAUCCAGGUCAAUACGUCGGUGUGCAUAUUCGACAUGGUGAUGGGCGUAGCAUGUCAUGGAAAUAUCAUGGCAAGCAUCUUCCUAUGGAUGAAUAUGCACAAGCAGCUGUGGACACCUUCACUCGGCUAUUUUCUUCAAAUUCGACCGAGGAUGUAGCUUCUGACGCGACAGAUCCCGCAACAGACGGUCCGCCAGCAGUCAUCUACCUCGCCUCUGACGACCCCACUGCCCUCGAUUCCUUAUCACCACUUCUCCCUCCGCACAUAAUCGUGACUUCACUUGCGCAGAGCAAGGAGCCUGCUUUGAAGGGAUUGGCCAGUCCGAGAGAAUACAAACAGGCAGAGUUCAAUGAGCUGGAAGAGAUAGAGAGAAUCAGGCUCACGACGGGGAUGAUCGUCGAUUUUGCGAUGUUGAGUGGGUUUUGGGCAUGGGAUAAUGAAUUGCUGCCUGGUGCUGUGGUCUGCGGUAUUGCCUCGAGCGUAUGUCGUCUCUCCGCUGUCGGUCUGGGAUGGGACAGGGCUUUUGGUCACGGCUUCUCUAAUCAUGAUGAAGGGACCAUGGAUAAGGAAAGGAAACGUUGGGUUGAGAUUGAUCAGAAAGGGGCGAUUAUACCUGCUUGGGAGGCGUUUGAGCUCUUUUGAGAUACCCCUUGCGUGCAGGAACUCGGACCGUCAGGAGAUUUGGAUGUGAGGUAGCGACGAGAAGGAACCAAGAGAGGGUCAGCGUGGAGACUACUUUGUGGACGGAGAUGCCGAGUUGCGUGUGGGAUUUGCUGCUUAUAUAUCUAUGUAUAUUUUCUCCUAUUCUAAUGCUUGUCGUCGGUUG